AUGAACGGUUAUUAUACGAAUCAUGAUAAUGCAUUGAACGAAGUACGAAAUAUUAUUAGUCAAAAAAAUGGUGAUGAUUUAACAAAAUUAAUCAAUAAUGAUGAUGAAGUAACAAAACUUAUAGGAAACCUUAGUGAAAUUCAACAAAUGGAAAUCAUUAAAGAAAGUUUAAAAGAAAAUAUUAAAUGUUUAGCUUUACAAAAUCUUGAUAAAGAACCAAUACUUAUACAUGAAAAAGAAAAACUUGCAGAAUUAUAUGAUGAACUUAGUAAAACAAAAGAUGAUUAUAAAUCAAUUCAACAACAAUAUGAAGAACAAAUCGGUGAAACAAAUCCAGAAAUGAUUUGGGUACUUUUACAAACAGCAGCAUCUGAACUUGAACGAUCUACUGAGCAAACAGCUGAAGAUUUUUUCAUCGGUGAAAAAACUGAAGAAGAAGUAACAGAAUUUGAACGACGUUUUAUAGAAGAUCGUAAACGAGCACAUGAAUUAAAAAUUAAAGCAGACAAAUUUCAUGAAUUAAUGCAAGCAUCUCAAGCAACAUCAUUUUUAAAUUCGAAUCAAUAUAUUCAUGGUAGUGGAUAUCGUUAG